UUGGUAAUUUAAAAUUAAUUGUAGUAACAUUUACAUGAUUAUUAAAAUAAAUUAUAAACAGAACUUGAAACAUCAACACAUACAUUUACAUAUUAUUCAAUAUAAUAUUUAACAUUUUAAAAUGGGUUUAUUUGGAUCUUCGUCACCAUUUGAUGCAGAUGUUGAAAGAGCAACGAAUGAAAAGAAUACAACAGAUGAUUGGGGUCUGAUUAUGGAUAUAUGUGAUAAAGUUGGUAAUAAUCCAGUCAAUGCUAAAGAUUGUUUACGUUCCAUUAUAAAACGAUUAAAUCAUAAUGAUCCACAUGUGGCAAUACAAGCAGUAACGUUAUUAGAUGCAUGUGUUAAUAAUUGUGGUAAAAAUUUCCAUUUAGAAGUAGCAUCACGUGAAUUUGAAAAUGAAUUUCGUAAAUUAUUAGGACGUGCACAUCAAACUGUACAAUUACGAUUAAAAGCAUUAUUAAAGAAAUGGUCAGAGAAUGAAUUUAAAAAUGAUCCACAAUUAAAUUUAAUACCUGCAUUAUAUUAUAAAUUACGUCAAGAAGGGCAUGUAUUUUUAUCACAAAAUGAGACUUCGUCAUUAAAACGCUUACCAACAUUAUUAACAUCAGCGACAACAACGGCAGCUAGUGGAAAUAAAGAUAUAGCAACAAUACAACAAGAAGAAGCUGAUAUAGCCAAAGCUAUUGAAUUAUCAUUAAAAGAAGGACCUCCAGCUAGUGCCAAAACUGCAACGACAACUUCAAAUAGUUUAUACCCAUCAACAAAUAUAUCAAAUAUUAUUACGUCAGGUGCCGCUAGUAGUGUAACAACACAAGCACGUAAAGUACGUGCCUUAUACGAUUUUGAGGCAGCUGAAGAUAAUGAAUUAACAUUUAAAGCUGGUGAAAUAGUACAUGUUAUUGAUGAUACCGAUCCUAAUUGGUGGAAAGGUUACAAUCAACGUGGUGAAGGUUUAUUUCCAGCGAAUUUUGUAACAGCUGAUUUAUCAGUUGAACCAGAACAAUUAAAAAUAAAACAAGAUCGUGAUAUAACCGUUAUAACGAAUAAAUUAAAUGAUACAUCAAUAACUGCAUCUAAAACAAUUGUAGAAAUCGAUGAAUUAAAAAUCGAUCGAUUAUUACAUUUAUUACAUGAGGCUGAUCCAAACGAUACCGUACAUAAUGAUCCAAAAGAGUUGUUAAUAUUAGAAUCAGAAGUGAAUAAUAUGGCACCGUUAAUUGAUUCAGAAUUAGAACGUGUUGAUCGUAAACAUGCACAAUUAACACAAUUAUCUAGUGAUUUAGUUGAUGCAUUAAAUUUAUAUCAUCAAUUAAUGAGAGAGCCACCGUUACAAGUGUUACCUGGUGCACCAUAUGCGACUGGUUUACCUGCCCCGCCGCCUGCAUUUAAUAAUUAUAAUGUUGGUACGUUGCCUCAACAACCUCCACCACAAAUGAUGUAUAAUGGUAGUGGACAUGGUCAUAUUAUGGUAUCCUCAUAUGGUCCACCACCCCCGGGUACGCCUCAACAACAACAAUAUGCACCACCACCACCUCCUGCUGGAUACAUGCAAGGACCACCUCCUCCACCUCCAUCAUCACAACAAAUGACAAUGGUCGGUGGUGUUAUGCCGAAUUAUAAUCCAAAUACUGUAAUAUCACCGCCACCACCCCAACAACAAUACAUGGGACAACAACCUCAGCAACAAAUACAAGUAAAUCCAACACAAGGUCCAGUUCCAGGUCCAUUACCAGGAUCAGCAUCAUCAACAAGUGUUAAUCCACAACAGCAACCAAGUGGUACAUAUACCACAUAUUAACAGUUAAAUAAAAAUAUUUUAUUUUAUUAUUAUGUUUGUGUUGUAGUAUUA